AGAAGAGAGAAAAAAUUGAACAACUCUGUUGUUUAUUUUUCGAAUACAGAAUAACAGAAUACAGUUAGGUUAUAACCGUAGUUGGGUUAUAAAUACAGUUGAAAAGUGUGAUAGAGAUUGGUGUUACAUGAAAAUAUGUAAUGCUGGGACUUUUCAGAGAGAAGAAAAUUAUUAUUAUUUUUUAUAUUUUUUAGUUAAAUGGUGUUGGUCUAAGGUACCAACUACCAAUAGUACCUGCAUUUUUAUAAAUGUCAAUGCAUUUUAAAGCCGGGUUCCAGAUAUUCAGUAGGCCUGGAAUUGAUAAUCUUUUUGCAAAACAUAAGCAUGAUUUAUACAGAUCCAUUUCAACUAAAACCAAAAGUGGUGCAGUCAUUAAAAAAUUAAAUAAACAGAACAAAAGCUUAUUUGGCGAGCUUCUUGAAACUAGAUCAGAGAGAAGAAAAAGGAUUACGAGAAGUGCAACUGAUGUUGGUGGCAAUAUAAAAUUAAGCAAUCAUGAUAGGUCAUCUGAAAUACAUUGGCUUGAUAGACUCAACUCACAUACGAGUAGAAAUCAGUCAGAUUUUAAAUCAAAACUUUCAUUAAAUCCUGAGAAUAAAAUUUUUAAACAAGAAAUUUCAGCAGAUGUAGCCACUAAUAAUGGUGAUAAAUAUUUGGGUGGCAAGAUUCCUGGUGAGACAAAUACUGAAAUUUUAGGCAACGCAGAAGAUUCUCUUGUUAGUGAACAAAAUAUUUGUAGGCCUCAAGAACUUAUUUUUCAGCUUCCUGAAAUAAUUGUUCGUAACAUACCUUUUUUUCCUCUUCAAAAUGAUAAGAAACAGGUACAAGAACCAUCAGAAAAACAGCUUUUCGGUGAUAUUUUAACUGUAUCGCAUAGUGAAGUAGAUAAAGAAAGCCUUGUGUAUCCUUCUGUAAGCAAGGUUUUAAAUGCUACUAUGUCAGAAAGCUCUAGAAUUGCUCUUAUGCGAUGGAGACAAAAAAUGAUUGCAGAGCUAGGGCAAGAUGAAUUUUUGAAAUACUAUAGAGACCUGCUCGCGAAGGGCAGUCUCUUCCAUGCGACCGUCCAGAGGUUCCUGGCCCGGCCGCCCGAAGAGGAGCUCCGGCCAGACCCAGACGUCGAAGGCUGCUGGCACAGCCUGGCCGGUGUGAUGCCGAACAUCAGCAGGGUUUACGCGCUGGAGAGCCACGUGGUGCACUCUCGGCUCAAGUACCGCGGCGUCAUCGACUGUGUGGCCAAGUACCAGGACAAGCCUGUCCUGAUUGAGUGGAAGAAGUCGGACACGCAAAAGGCUGAAAUCAGGAAGACGUAUGAUGCACCGAUGCAGUUAGUGGCCUACCUGGGUGCCAUGAACUAUGAUGAGCGGUACACUUUUAAGGUGAAAGGAGGGCUGGUGGUGGUGGCUUACAGCGACGGCUCGCCGGCCCACGUGUUCCCGCUGAGCGCCGUGGACUGCAGCAUGUACUGGCGGCUGUGGCUCGCCCGGGUCCAGCAGUAUUGGCAGCUGCCCGUCGAAACUCGCUCCAGCUCGACCCAGAUCUGACUGCUUCCGUGCACACUGUGUGUACUUUGUUUUAAUGAUGGCGGUGUUGAAUAAUGUUGUAUGUUUUAAUACACGGUGAAAACAAAACAAUUAGUUAAAUAUAUAUUUUACAAGUUA